AUGGUGAACAUUACGGAGAAGAUCAAAGAGAUUGAGGAUGAGAUGCGCCGGACGCAGAAGUAUCAUUUGGGUCUAUUGAAAGGAAAAUUGGCCCGUCUUCGAGCCCAGUUGCUUGAACCCGCUGCUGGUGCAGGCUCUGGUGGUGGCGCUGGCUUUGAUGUCAGCAAAAGUGGUGAUGCGCGUGUUGCGCUGGUUGGUUUUCCCUCCGUCGGAAAGUCUACUUUCCUAUCGAAGAUCACCAAGACCAAGUCCGAGGCGGCUGCUUACUCUUUCACCACGUUGACGGCUAUCCCUGGUGUGCUCGAAUACGGCGGCGCCGAGAUCCAGAUUCUGGAUUUGCCUGGUAUUAUUGAGGGUGCCUCCGAGGGUAAGGGCCGUGGACGUCAAGUCAUCUCCGCAGCCAAGACUAGUGAUUUGGUUCUCAUGGUCCUGGAUGCUACAAAGCGUGCCGAGCAGCGUGCUCUUCUCGAGGCUGAAUUGGAUGCAGUGGGCAUUCGACUUAACAAAGAGCCCCCAAACAUCUAUCUCAAGAUUAAGAAUGCCGGUGGCAUGAAGAUUACCUUCCAAACACCGCCGAAGUACCUGGAUGAGAAGAUGAUCUACAACGUCAUGCGUGACUACAAGCUUCUCAACUGCGAAAUUCUGGUGCGGGAUGAAAAUGCCACAAUCGAUGACUUUAUCGAUGUCAUUAUGAAGGAUCACCGCAAGUAUAUUCGCUGCUUAUACGUUUACAACAAAAUUGACGGCAUCAGCAUGGAGUUCUUGGACCAACUGGCCCGCGAGCCGUACACAGCCGUCAUGAGUUGUGAGCUCGAUCUUGGCGUACAGGAGGUCGUGGAACGUAUCUGGAAGGAACUAAGACUGAUGCGGUUAUACACGAAGAGAAAGGGAGUUGAUCCCGACUUCAGCGAAGCUAUGAUCGUUCGUCGGGACUCGAGUAUCGAGGACGUGUGUGACUCUAUUCACCGCACAUUGAAGGAUACCUUCAAGCACGCCUUGGUAUGGGGUGCUAGCGCUCGUCAUGUCCCGCAGCGCGUGGGAUUGGGACACAUGGUGGCCGACGAGGAUGUGGUGUCGAUUAUAGCGAAAUAG